AUGAUUGCUGAAAACAUGGCAAUAUCACCGUAUCAAUCAACCAGUACCGUUUACUCGACCACCCAAUGUAUCCAUGACAAAUAUGAGGUGCUUUCGAUUGAUCCAGACAGUGCAUCUGCGUCUGAUGCAACUCGACUGGUAUAUAUAGUUGGAUCUGUGUGCAUGCGAUUGAUCAACAGCGAUUUGUCAGUGUACACGCAGACCAACAAUGUGUGUGGUAUCAGUCCAAUCCAAACUACUGGCAGGGCAACUCGAGGUAAUAUGAACUCGAUUGGAAACGUUGACUUUUUCACAUUGAUGGACGAAAUGCGACAAACAGUCAAAUACCUCACCAUGCAAGUUGUAUCCUUGAAAACUGAUCUGGCCGCUGUGACUAGCGCAUUUGGUCAGUUGCAGAGUCAAACCAAUGACAUUGUUGUCAUGAUGACCAAACACGACAAUGUCAUUCGAUCAUUACUGGGACAGAUCUUGGUCAAACUGGACUCUGGUUGCUCACCAACACAUGCAGUUGUUAUACCAGUUGCGGUAUUCAAAACCAUUUCCACGACUGUAAACACCACCGCAACAGUGACUGUGUUUUGUCCACAAAGUCAAUCCAAGUUGUUCAUAUGCGACAACAGCACGUUGCACACACACGCAGACUGUCGAUACGGAAUGUCAAGCAACAAUCGACUUAUUCCGUAG